GGUACAUAACAUAGAAAAGCUUAAUUCCUCUUAACCACUGAGCCAACAAAGGAGUGUCAUCUCUGCCGAGCACAAGAGAAACAAGUCAAGGAAAGCAAAAUAAAUAGAAGAAUGGACCCCAGCAAGUCUUUCAAUGAUCCUUCAGCAGACUGGAAUGUAACAGAAAAAACAGGCCUGUUGCAACCAUUAUCACCACCAUACUUAGACCACGCUGAGCACCCUAAUGCUGGAUACCCUCCACCAGGGAGCUAUCCCAGCACUUCUGGUUAUCAAGGCCAGCAAUAUGGAGCUCCGGCAGGCAUGUAUGGCCAAGGGCUGUAUCCGGGGCAGCCUGUAGUCACUGUACAGCCAACAUUGUAUGUGACCACGACUCCACUGGCCAAUCCACUGCCAGAUUACAUGGGCUAUUCUAUUUUUACCAUGCUGUGCUGCUGUUUACCACUGGGUAUUAUCGCUCUGGUUUAUUCCAUCAAUACACGGAAUGCUAACAUGGCCGGACACCAACUAAUGGCAGUGAAAAACUCCAGAAUGGCACGCAUUUUCAACCACACCGCUCUUGGCAUUGGCCUUGCCCUCUUUGUGCUGUAUAUCAUCUACAUCACUGUUGUAGUUGUCAAUGCUGGAAAUCAUGAUUCUCCAUAAUUGACAGAGAUAUCAUGGUUAAUCUAAAAGCUUUGAGCUUUACAGACAUUAACACCUUAUAGAAUGCUUUAAAUAUAUUUUCACAAACACAUUUGGUAUUCUAUGCACAGUGUAGUAUUUUUAAGCUUCACAUUAAUGAGCAGUUCCAUCUAUACAGACUUUGAGGGAUGAUUCAGUAUGUUUAAUGUGUUUGACUGGCUCAUCUCAUCAUAAUCAUAAUGUAUCAGAAUUCUCUAAUGCUUUAAAGAUGUGUAAAAACAAUGAAAGAUGUAACUGUCGAUGUAAAGUUAUUAUAAAGUUAGAUUUUCUU